GACAAUAUGAGAUGAAUCCGCCUGGAGAUAUCGUCUUUGACUUUGACCCACUAAAACAAAAAAAAAGAAAAAACUCUGAUCGUAUUUUUCCGGCGAAAUUAUUAUGUACCGUUCUACGCCGACACAUAACUCUUCAAACAAGGGUCUAAGCGUGAGCUAUCUCGUUUCUCUAAUGGUACUCUGCGCCAGGCAUGCGAAUCGCCUCUCCAAGAAGCUAAAGCCGAAGAAGCGCACGCACUACGAAAACUUCGGCGGCCGAUGGAAUCUGACGAGUUCGCCGAUGAGAUUUAAGGCUGACAAGGAGAAAACGGCGGCGAUGGAGGAGGAGGAACAUGGCCUUUGGCAGAGAGAGAUUUUAAUGGGCGGAAAAUGUGAGCCGUUAGAUUUCUCAGGAGUGAUUCACUACGACCGUAAUGGACGGCAGUUAAGAGAGAUGCCACCGAGGUCUCCACGUGGCACUCCAUUCCCAGUUCCCCAACCCGUUCUUAAGACGGGUCGCCAUGAACGGGUCACCGUUGGACAUGAUAGGAACGAAUGAUUUUGAAGCAGCAAACAGAUUAUGUCUAUGAAGCAUGUUAUUAUUGUAAUGCCUUUUAUUCUAAGUUAUGUUACAACAUUUAAACUUGGGGUUCAAAGUCCAAACCAACAUGCCACACUAAUAUAUACUCUUGCUAAGUCAGUUGCUACUGUAAUCUGAUCAUUCCCUUUAGAGAUUAGCUUUUAUGUUUUCAAAUCGCGUUCAUGUUUUAAGAUAUUUACGAUAUAUCGAAAGUAUCCGUAGACUGCGUCAG